UUCAAAUCCAUCCGCCACGAGCCAUAGUCGCGUCGACGCGCUCGUUGGAAGCGGUUCAACUUUUCUACUUCUCCCGUCGUCAGCACCCGCGGCCCCGUCCCCGUGUCGAAAAGCGAACGUGUCCCCACGAGUCCGGGCCAUUACACUUUCGCUUGCGCCCAGUGCCAGUCCGUUCCGGGUGAUCAGUGCUUUCCCAAGUGUCCCAAGGGCGCCGUAUUUUCCGUGAAAACUUUAGAGGUCGUCCAAGGAUGUCGCUGGUUCCGGUUCACUAUCGCACCUGGUGGGACGACUGGGAUCUGCCGCUGUACACGCGCGUCCUCGAGAAGUCGAUGACGCACGAGGUGCUGUCCGGGGACGACUUCUGGCGGGUGCCGCCUCUGGCGCCCGUGCGCUGGUCAAGCCUGUACCGACCCUGGCGCUACUUCAGCCUGCGGGACGUCGGUGCCAAGGUGGACACCGAUCGCGAUCGCUUCCAGAUCGAGAUCGACGUGCAUCAGUUUUUGCCGCACGAGGUCACCGUGCGCCGCACGGACAAGUACGUCACGAUCGAGGGCAAGCACGAGGAGAAGCGGGACGAGCAGGGCUACGUGGCGCGACAGUUCUCCCGCCGCUACCUGGUACCAAUUGGGUAUGAUGCCAACCUGAUCGUGUCGUCGCUCUCGUCCGACGGUGUCCUGACGGUCACUGCCCCGAGGAUCGGCCUGCCGGCGCCGAAAGUCGAAAAGUACGUGCCCAUCUGGCACACCGGUAAACCGGCCAUCGAGGACAAGAAUUCUUCGCGCCGCUACUUGACGUACCUCAAGUGAUCGGUCGUGAUGGGCGCCUUGACGCGAGCGUGGUCUCAGAGUGUGUACCGAUUUUAAACGAAUGCACGUAACCGACAGCACCCAGCACCGGUGAGCACGCGCGCGCACCAAAAUACGCACCACGUUCCGAUAGCCCGAACCGAUAGCCCCGACCGAUAACCAGCUAAAGAUGUGAUUCAUUAGUGAAAUUGUUUUCGUUUGCCACGUGGGACGCCACCCCGUUGCGAUCCCCGUUUGUUCAUCACACCGUCCACUGUACUGCCACUGUGGACCACUCCGCGGCCCGGACCUGGUAGAGGGACCGACAUCCUUAGACCAAUUUCGUCACGCUAGCGCCCCCGCCCCUGUGUUGCUGUUUCAAAGCUAGUCUACUUGCAAGUGAUAGGAAUUUAACUAAAAAUGGUUAGCAUUGAAACCUAACCGGAACUAACAUCAAUAAAAACCGUAACGAGUGUACCUUUCGAACGCACUUUGACUUCGAUAUUAACA